GCAAAUCUUCAAUUAAAAAACUGCCCGGCUGCUUCUGCUUCUUCACGAGUCCUCCGAGUCCUCUUAUUCUAAGUAAGUCUCUUUCUUUCCUCCUCUUUGAGUCAUGUCUGACCGCGAAGACAGUCAGAACCCUUCCAUCCAUUCUUACGGUUCUGGUGACCGAUCUCAGACUUCCGGUUCCUCUUCUUCUUCAUCCUCUGAUUCUGAGCACCCGGCUACUUCUCCACAGAAGAAGCCGGUUGAUGCUUCAACUUGUGCUCUUUCUUCUUCCGUGGUGCAAGUGGUCUCGGUUGCCCAACUCAGGGAAAGUCCCUUCAACGGAAGAGGCGGAAGACUAAGGAGGUCAACCAGCCAUCCCACCAGGGGCCCAGUCCUCCGACGCCGGCAAGGGGCCAAUCAUGCCACGAUCCCAGGCUUUGAUGUCCAGGUCGGCCGGAUCGGGGAGGAGUAUUUCGCCCGGUUUGUAAAAUCGAAGGAUGAGGAGAGGGCUAGAAUGGAGGCCAUGAUGGUCGAGUGUCCAGGCAGCCCGGGCCAAGGCAGAGAAGAUAAAGGGCAAAUGGACAGAGCACUGCGCGGUCUACCGCCAGCUCUAUGCCAAGCACGAUGUGGCACACCGGUCCGCGGUCUCACGAGUUUGGGUUACGCGGGUUGGGGUGUUACAAAGAUCCAAAAGCUAGAGGCUGAAAACGCCCGGGCUGCUGAGGAGGCCCAAAAGUUGGAGGCCGAGAACGCCCGGUCUGCGGAGGAGAUCGCUCGGCUUGAAGACGAGGCGACAUAGGAGCGGGCGGAGCGUGCUGCCCUUGCUGCCGCCUGGGCUGUUCAAGAGCAUGAGGAGUUCGCCGCUCAGGCGCUACCUGACCGGGAGACAGCCAUCCGCUUCUUCCAAGGGCUAUACAAGCACAAAGUCUCAGCCGGGAUUGUCAAUGAAAUCGGGACCUUUGG